CCCGAUGGAGCAGCGCUGCGCCAGCGCCACGCCCGGGGCUCCUCCGCAGGCAGAGAGGGACCAGCAAAAGGGUUAAGUGGCACCAAGCUGGCUUCCUAGAGAGGAAUAAAGGGAGGAGGCUCCCCAAAGCAAAAGCUCCGUCCCCAUCAGGGCUUUUGUCUCUCUGCUCCACAAGUGCUGCCUGGGGGUGCCUUCUGGGAUCCGGAGACGGAACGAGGCCAGCAAGACCUGCUUGUCCAUCUUUCAUUGGUGGCGGAGGGGAAGCUGCCCCUGUGGACCCAGAGCAGGAUUUGCUGCACCUUCCAUUAGAACUUGGCAGAGGACCAAGGGGCUCCUUCUGAUCUCUUGGAGACUUCCGGAGAGCCCAGAUGGAUGAGCAAGACUCAGCUGGCCCUGAAGCAGGAAGAGGCCACGCCCUGGAAACGGGGAGUAGUGGGGGAUUCCAUGAAGACGCCGUGCAGAAGAUCCUGGGUGAGGAGGACACCCCUUGCUCAGAGGUGCAGAGCCAGCAGCUCAGUCAGUUCUGCUACCAGGAGGCCAAAGGACCCCGAGAGGUUUGCAGCCAAUUCUACCACCUUUGCCGUCUAUGGCUGAAGCCAGAAAGGCACACGAAAGCUGAGAUGCUGGACCUGGUGAUCUUGGAGCAGUUCCUGGCUGUCCUUCCUCUGGAGGUGGAGAACUGGGUGAGGGAAUGCGGAGCGGAGACCACUUCCCAGGCGGUGGCUGUGGCCGAAGGUUUCCUCCUGAGUCAGGCAGAGGAGAGGAAGCAGGCAGAGCAGCAGAGGAAGGAUCUUUUGGCAGAAAUGGGUCUUGAUUCUUCUGAGGCAGAGAAGACUCCGCUGGAUGCCAGAGUGAGGCCUCUGGGUGACGGAAUGAUGCCACCAAGACCUGCUCCUUUAUCUUUUCAUGGUGGUGGAGGGGAGGCAGCAGCUGUGGACCCAGAUCAGGGUCCAGUGUGCUUUGAAGAUGUAGCUGUCCAUUUCACUGAUGAGGAGUGGGCGUUGCUGGAUCCUGACCAGAGAGCUCUCCAUAAGGAAGUCAUGGAUGAGAAUCGUGGGAUCUUGGACUCUCUCGGUGGUGAUGAAUUGGAAAUGAAGAACAAGGGAGACUACAACGAAAUCUACACAGUGGAGGAGCCAUAUCAGGAUUCAGACUGUGGAGAGAGCUUCAGGCAGAGCUCCCAUUCCACUUCCCAUCAAAGAAAUCCCCUUGAGAAGAAACACUAUCAGUGCUUGGAAUGUGGAAAGAGCUUCACUCGGAGUGCCCAUCUCACAUCCCAUCGUAGAAUUCAUACAGGGGAGAAACCAUAUCACUGCUUGGAGUGUGGAAAGAGCUUCACUGCUAGCUCCUCUCUUACCUCCCAUCAAAGAAUUCAUACAGGGGAGAAACCAUAUCACUGCUUGGAGUGUGGAAAGAGCUUCACUGCUAGCUCCUCUCUCACUUCCCAUCAAAGAAUUCAUACAGAGGAGAAACCCUAUCAGUGCGUGGAAUGUGGAAAGAGCUUCAAUCAGAGGGCCCAUCUCACUUCCCAUCAAAGGAUUCAUACAGGAGAGAAACCCUAUCAGUGCUUGGAAUGUGGAAAAAGCUUCAGGACAAGCUCUGAACUCACAUCCCAUCAAAGAAUUCAUACAGGGGAGAAACCCUAUCACUGCUUGGAGUGUGGAAAGAGCUUCAGGACAAGCUCCUCUCUCACCUCCCAUCAAAGAAUUCAUACAGGGGAGAAACCCUUUCAGUGCAUGGAAUGUGGAAAGAGCUUCAAUCGGAGUGCCCAUCUCACUUCCCAUCAAAGGAUUCAUACAGGGGAGAAACCCUAUCAGUGUGUGGAGUGUGGAAAGAGCUUCACUGAUAGCUCCUCUCUCACUUCCCAUCAAAUAAUUCAUACAGGGGAGAAACCCUAUCAGUGUGUAGAAUGUGGAAAGAGCUUCAGUCAGAGGGCCCAUCUCACUUCCCAUCAAAUGAUUCAUACAGGGGAGAAACCCUUUCAGUGCGUGGAAUGUGGAAAGAGCUUCACUCGGAGUGCCAAUUUCACUUCCCAUCAAAGGAUUCAUACAGGGCAGAAACCCUAUCAGUGCAUGGAAUGUGGAAAGAGCUUCACUGAUAGAUCCUCUCUCACCUCGCAUCAAAGAAUUCAUACAGAGGAGAAACCCUAUCAGUGCGUGGAAUGUGGAAAGAGCUUCAGUCAGAGGGCCCAUCUCACUUCUCAUCAAAGGAUUCAUACAGGGGAGAAACCCUAUCAGUGCUUGGAGUGUGGAAAGAGCUUCACUGCUAGCUCCUCUCUCACCUCCCAUCAAAGAAUUCAUACAGGGGAGAAACCCUUUCAGUGCAUGGAAUGUGGAAAGAGCUUCAAUCGGAGUGCCCAUCUCACUUCCCAUCAAAGAAUUCAUACAGGGGAGAAACCCUAUCAGUGUGUGGAGUGUGGAAAGAGCUUCACUGAUAGCUCCUCUCUCACUUCCCAUCAAAUAAUUCAUACAGGGGAGAAACCCUUUCAGUGCGUAGAAUGUGGAAAGAGCUUCAAUCAGAAGGCCCAUCUCACUUCCCAUCAAAGGAUUCAUACAGGGGAGAAACCCUUUCAGUGCGUGGAAUGUGGAAAGAGCUUCACUCGGAGUGCCAAUUUCACUUCCCAUCAAAGGAUUCAUACAGGGGAGAAACCCUAUCAGUGCAUGGAAUGUGGAAAGAACUUCACUGAUAGCUCCUCUCUCACCUCCCAUCAAAGAAUUCAUACAGGGGAGAAACCCUAUCAGUGCGUGGAAUGUGGAAAAAGCUUCAGGACGAGCUUUGAACUCACUUUGCAUCAAAGGAUUCAUACAGGGGAGAAACCCUAUCACUGCUUGGAGUGUGGAAAAAGCUUCAGUCACAGGUACAAUCUCACUUCCCAUCGUAGAAUUCAUACAGGGGAGAAACCCUUUCAGUGCUUAGAAUGUGGAAAAAGCUUCAGUCGGAGUGCCAAGCUCACUUCCCAUCAAAGGAUUCAUACAGGGGAAAACCCCUAUCAUUGUCUGGAAUGUGGAAAGAGCUUUACCAGGAAAGAAAGUCUCACAGCCCAUCACAAAAUCCACACGGGAGAAACCCUAACAGUGCCUGGAAUGUGGAAAGAGCUUCAGUCAAAGCAACAAUCUCAUUUCCCAUCAGAAAAUUCACACAGGGUAGAAACUAUUUCAGUGCCAAGAGUGUGAUCGGAGGGAUUUAUGAAAGUCUGGUCUCAUUUUUAAAGUUCUUAACACAAUUGGAGCUCUUAAAAGGACUUUGAGCUCCCUGAAAAAGCUAAAAUCAAGACAGGUUUGCGGUCUUGACUAUGCUACCACUCAGUGGAUUUGUAACUGGCUGAUUGACCGAACCCAAAGGGUGCUCAUCAAUGGUUCCUCUUCAUCCUGGAGAAGAGUGACUAGUGGGGUGCCACAGGGUUCUGUCUUUGGCCCGGUCUUAUUCAACAUCUUUAUCAACGACUUGGAUGAUGGACUCAAGGGCAUCCUGAUCAAAUUUGCAGAUGACACCAAACUGGGAGGGGUGGCUAACACCCCAGAGGACAGGAUCACACUUCAAAACGACCUUGACAGAUUAGAGAACUGGGCCAAAACAAACAAGAUGAACUUUAACAGGGAGAAAUGUAAAGUAUUGCACUUGGGCAAAAAAAACGAGAGGCACAAAUACAAGAUGGGUGACACCUGGCUUGAGAGCAGUACAUGUGAAAAGGAUCUAGGAGUCUUGGUUGACCACAAACUUGACAUGAGCCAACAGUGUGACGCGGCAGCUAAAAAAGCCAAUGCAAUUCUGGGCUGCAUCAAUAGGAGUAUAGCAUCUAGAUCAAGGGAAGUAAUAGUGCCACUGUAUUCUGCUCUGGUCAGACCUCACCUGGAGUACUGUGUCCAGUUCUGGGCACCACAGUUCAAGAAGGACACUGACAAACUGGAACGUGUCCAGAGGAGGGCAACCAAAAUGGUCAAAGGCCUGGAAACGAUGCCUUAUGAGGAACGGCUAAGGGAGCUGGGCAUGUUUAGCCUGGAGAAGAGGAGGUUAAGGGGUGAUAUGAUAGCCAUGUUCAAAUAUAUAAAAGGAUGUCACAUAGAGGAGGGAGAAAGGUUGUUUUCUGCUGCUCCAGAGAAGCAGACACGGAGCAAUGGAUCCAAACUACAAGAAAGAAGAUUCCACCUAAACAUUAGGAAGAACUUCCUGACAGUAAGAGCUGUUUGACAGUGGAAUUUGCUGCCAAGGAGUGUGGUGGAGUCUCCUUCUUUGGAGGUCUUUAAGCAGAGGCUUGACAACCAUAUGUCAGGAGUGCUCUGAUGGUGUUUCCUGCUUGGCAGGGGGUUGGACUCGAUGGCCCUUGUGGUCUAUUCCAACUCUAGGAUUCUAUGAUUCUAUAAGUUCGUUUCUCUUUGAAGGAAAAUAUUUCUUCUACUCUGAGCCGCUUAAAGAGAAUUGGAUUCCUGCAAGACAACCACUCUUAUCUGGACGUCUAAAUUGCUAUGUCCUCUUGGACACAUUAUUUCUUUUUUUCUUUUUUAUGGUUCCUCUCUUAAAGUAAUUAUUUGGUUUAUUUGUUUAAUU